CCGCCGUACGGCGACAUGGCGGCGGCCCUGGUGCAGUACGUGGUGCUCCGCGGGGACCUGGCGCGGCCGCCGCGGUCGUGGCCGCUGGGCGCGGUGGUGGCUCAGGGCUGCCACGCCGCGCUGGCCGCCGCUCACGCGUACCGGGAGCACCCGGACACCGGCGCGUACCUGGAGCUGGGCGGCGCCAUGAGGACCGUGGUGCUGGAGGCUCCGGACGAGGCGGCGCUGGCGGCGCUGGCCCAGACCCUGCGGCAGCACCGCAUCGACCACCGCGUGUGGACGGAGCAUCCCGAGGACAUUCCCACCUGCCUGGCCCUCCGGCCUUAUCCCAAGGAUCAGGUGCACCAGCACCUGAAGGGGCUGAAGCUGCUUAAGUGAUCCCAACUUCGUCCCUUGGAGUCCCCGUUAUUCCGGCCGGGAUUUGGAAUCCCGGCGGACGCGGCACUUGGAGGUUGCUCCAAGGUUGGAUCCCGUGAUUCCGAAGGUCUUUUCCAAGCUGAAUAACUCCACGUGUUACAUUAAAGCUGGGAAUCUCCCCUCCGCCCCAAGCUUGGGAUCUCGGGGGUUCUGCCGCCUUUG